AUUAACUCCCACCUGCUUCCGCGGGUGCCUGGCACGCUCGGCCCCCUCCUCGCCGAACGCGCCUUUCACUCAUGUAGUUAGGAAAAGUUAACUUUUCUAUUACCGCGCAUUUCACUUACCCAGGUACUUAAUUACCAUUGUCCCAGGGAAAUGUCAGUGUGACUCAGAGACGCUUUCCAUUAGGAAGAGACAGAUGAAUAUUAAGUUGAAUUGCUGGUGGGUGGGCUGGUUCCCAGCUCCUCUCCCGGGGGACCCUGACACCCUCCACGCCCUGGACCCGUGGCGGACCCUCUUACCCAGCUCAGUAGAUCUGUGGCACUUUGCUCUGGGGACUGGAGUAACUCGACCUCCCACCCGGAGCAAAGGGAAGGAAUCUUAUUCCAAACGACUUUUCCCUCUUAGGAUUUGCUCUAUCUCUAACACAUCUCCCUCGUGUGCAAUUACCCUGUGCGGGAAGGUGGCUGCACCCGAGGCCGCUGGGUGCGUAUAUACAUAUUCAUAUAAAAAUAAUGGCUUUGGUGUGGAAAUGCUCCCCCGCGCCGUGUCUGUGGUGCCCGCACGGCCAUCAGACACAGCAGCAAGGGUUAAACCGCCCGAGGGCUGCCCACACCCCUCGCCCGGGGAGUUGUGGUCGUUUGCAGAUGCGUUUUGUUCUUCUCAGCUUUUGUUCUGUGCCCGCACAGCCCAGCACACCCCGACACUGCGAGGCGGGGCCGCGGCCGCCCUCUGCCCCUGCGGGACCUGAGCUCCAUCCCCCCUCUCUGCAGCACCAGGGAUGGAGGGAUGGGCUCCUCCGAUGGCCCUGAGGAGGAUGCAGGGCUCUGCCCUCCCCGCCGCCCCAUGCCCUGCUCCCUUGAUCCCUCCGUGUUAGCACAGCCCCAGCCUGGAUGAGUUAAAAUCCUCCUCCAGACAAAAGCCGUGGGGUCCCGCCUGCUUUUCAAGGAGCUGGGGGGAUACCGACGGACCUGAUCACCAUCCCUGACACAGGACCACGGGCACAGGCUGCCGUGGCUGCUGGGUGCCCAGCAGAGGAUCCCAGCAGUGCCCAUGGCCCCCACUUCCCUCACCAGUGCUGGGAGGGCUGAGCAAGGGGGCACCAGGUCCAGCAGCUGGUGUUCGAGCUGGGAGACAUUCGAGGUUGCUGGGAAACAUCCCUCUUGAGCUCCGAUAAAAAUAGCUCCAUCUUCAAGGCGAGAGGACUGGCUGCACUGCCAGCGACGCAGGGGAUGUGUCUGCACCCACCGGGGUGUGGGGGGCCGGUGCAGGAUGUCCUGUGGGGUCUGCGCCUCGGACCCCCAUCCCACACGUGUGUUGUGACAUGGUGCAGUGGGACAGGGGUGCAGGGGCUCAGGGACUGCCUGUCAUUGCCCCAGUGCCGUUCUCUUUUAUCCCCACAUCAGACUUGGAAAUGUGUGAGAACAGGAAUCAGGGCUGAGUGGGGAAAGUGAGGGUGUUUUUCUCCCCCCACCCAGCCCCCCCUGCCUCUUUGGCUCAUCUCAGUGUUUGCCCUCAUGAGGAGGGGGCUCAGGGAGAUGUGGAGCUGGGCUCUGAGCUCUGGCAUUGCAGAGGUUGGGGGGUUUCUAUGCAAAGGCUUUUUCACCUGACAGCAGCUAGGCUGGGUGGGUUGGGACAUCCCUUUCCCGGGGCAUGAAGACCCUCUCUCCCUUCCCAGCAGCUUUGGAUGGGCUCACUUCUCUCCCCAGCAUCUCCACGAGGACGGUGCCUCUUCCCAGCCUGGGGAACAGGGUGAGAGGAGGUCAGGGAUUCACCUUUCCCCCUCCACCCUUCUUGAAGCACACGAUUUGAAUUCAGUGUCCAGGAGAUUCAGCCAAACCCCUGUGGGAAGCAGCUGUCUGGGAAGACCGCCAGACCCCAUCCCACUUCUCUGCCACCUUCCUUGUUUGGGACACGCGUUUCUGACCGCGGCUGGGCACGACGGAAAUCUCCGAGUGAUGCAGGCGCAGCGGUGGGAUGCGCACCCCGAUUCCCGGGGCGGCCGGGGGCUGCGGGGAGGCCUCGGCGGUGCGGGCGAGCCUGCUCGGGAGGUGGCGGGGAUGCUGCGGGGCUGAUUAUUCACAGCUUCCCUCGCCCCGAUUGGCUCUGCCGCCGCGCACAGCCGGGCCCCGCCGCAGGAGGAGACUCCGUGGCCAUAAAAGCGGGGUGAGAAGCAGCCGCCGGCGAGUCCGGUGGACAACUCGGGCGGCACCGUGGGGCCACCUGCCACUGUGGCCUUGCCACCGAUGACUGGCACAGCCUGACGCCCGUGGAGGGACAUCCAUCAGCCACGUCCUGACUUGGCGAAGCAGGUGCUCGGCGGGACGGGGAGCAGCGGCAGGCAGUGGCUGCAGGGCGAGAUGGCACGACGGGCACUGGCACUGGCACUCUGCCUGUCCCUGUCUGCGGUGGCAUCUGCCGACUGCGUCACCCAGUGCUCCCUCUGCGCAGCCCAGAGCCGCGGUGCCGAGAGCAGCGUCCAGCCCCUGAUGUGCCUGUGGGAAUGCCAGGGCUCCUCGUCACCCGGCCCCGAGUGGGAGAUGUGCAGGAAGGUGCUGGCGCUCCUGGCCCCGCUGGUGGCCCUGGCCGAAGGGACAGACCCGUCCCCACAGGAGGCGGAGGAGGAUGAGGCGCAGCCGGAGCAGGGCCUGGGCCCCGCAGAGCUGCCGCUGGCGCCGGCCAAGCGCUACGGGGGCUUCAUGAAGAUGAUGUCCAAGGCGAAGCUGCUGUCCCUGCUCCGCGAGAACGCUCACAGCAAGGGCGGCCUCAGCAAGAAGUCCGGGGCCUUCAGCCGCAAGCCGGGGGAGCGAGCGGCCCCCGAGGACUACCCGGGGCCGGCAGGGGACGGGGACGAAGAGCCCACGGGGGCCGGGGCCGAGGGGCCGGAGCUGGCGCAGCUGCACAAGCGCUACGGGGGCUUCCUGCGCCGCAUCAGGCCCAAGCUCAAGUGGGACAAUCAGAAGCGCUACGGGGGCUUCCUGCGGAGGCAGUUCAAGGUGACCACGCGGUCAGACGAGGACCCCAGCGCCUACUCAGGGGAGGUCUCAGACCUGUAGAGCCAGGCAUGGGACGGCAGCACCGUGGUCCCCACACUGCCACCCCAACUGUGCCGUCCCCCAGCCCUGCCCCCUGCCCAGCCCGGUGUGGCUGGUGUCACUCUUGCCUCAUUCCCCUGAGGGGACCAUGAGUUCCAUCCCCAGUUGUCCCUCUCUGGUUCAUUCUGCCCAUCCUGUGCACGGAGGGGGCAGUGCCACUCCUCCGGCUGCUGGCCCAGCCCAGGGUUCCCAGGGGUGUAUUGCUGGGGACACAUAUCCAUCCAUAUCCUCCAUCCUCCCGUGGCUGCUGGAGCACAGCAGGGUCUGGAAACCAUCACAGCUGAGGUACAGGGCAGGGGGCUCCGAGCACUGGGAAUGAACCAGGAUCAGGGAGGUGGCUGCCGUGGCCACGGGCAGAGGUGGCUGGUGGAGCCACAGCACCAUCACCAGGUGCUCAAGCAGUGCUGAGCCCAGCCCCCACUCCCCUCCCCGAGCCUCUCACAGUGUCCCACUAAUCCCAGCACCCACCUGGUGCCCCUAGGCUCCCCCUCCAAGAGCGACUCUAGAGGCAGGGCCAGCCCCAUGCCCCAACACCCAACUCCCCCCUCGCAGUCAAUAAAAGGCAGAUGCCAAUGAA